AUGCAUCUCACUCUUGAAUUCGGGGGCGGUCUGGAGCUUCUCCUAGAGAAAUCCACCAAGGUACACAAGGUGGAUGUCCAGCCCAGGGACGGUGAAGACAAGGUGCUGCUUGAUCAAAUGCCUCAGGAGAGACUGCUUAUCGCCACUAUGAAGGGAUUGCUCUCUUGGGUGAAGUCCAAUUUGAUCAAGGAGCGGCCAGAGAUGUUCAUCAAGGAUGACUCUGUGAGGCCUGGGGUUCUUGUCCUUAUAAAUGACUGCGACUGGGAGUUGUGUGGAGGCCUUGAUGCAGAGUUGGAAGAUAAGGACGUGGUUGUCUUCAUCUCCACACUGCACGGUGGUUAA